AUGUGCCUGGAAAGCGACGGCUCCUCCGGCAGCAGCCCGGGCUGCGGCGGGCGGCUCCGAGCUGGCGACGAGGAGGAGGAGGAGGACGGCGAGCGGGGCUGCUGCGGCCGGGGUGCCGAGGGCGAGGUGCAGACCCUGUCGGGCAGGAUGAACCCUCCGGCGGCCGGCAAGCACCCCGACCGCCCCGCCGCCCUCCGCAAGGCGCCGACCCUCGGCCGGGCCCGGGUAGCGGCCGCCGGCAUCCUCAGUGUGGGCAACGUGCUCAACUACCUGGACCGGUACACGGUGGCAGGUGUGUUACUGGACAUCCAGCAGCACUUUGGGGUUAAAGACAGCGGGGCUGGCUUGUUACAGACAGUUUUUAUCUGUAGUUUCAUGGUGGCAGCGCCCAUCUUUGGUUACCUUGGUGACCGGUUCAACAGAAAGAUCAUUCUCAGCUGUGGCAUCUUCUUUUGGUCAGCUGUCACCUUUUCAAGCUCCUUCAUCACUGAGCAGUAUUUCUGGCUCCUCGUGCUCUCACGGGGUUUGGUUGGCAUUGGUGAAGCGAGUUAUUCCACUAUUGCACCAACCAUCAUUGGGGACCUGUUCACCAAAAACACCAGGACCCUUAUGCUGUCUGUGUUCUACUUUGCAAUUCCUCUGGGCAGUGGCUUGGGGUACAUCACUGGGUCCAGUGUGAAGCAGGUGGCUGGAGACUGGCACUGGGCACUGCGGGUAUCUCCACUCCUAGGAAUGAUAACAGGGACCCUCAUCUUGGUAUUUGUGCCUGCUGCUAAAAGAGGAAAUGCUGAACAACUUGGGGGGCAGCUGAAGGCUCGGACUUCAUGGCUCAGAGACAUGAAAGCAUUGAUUAGAAACCGCAGCUAUGUGUUCUCCUCCUUGGCCACCUCAGCUGUCUCCUUUGCCACAGGGGCUCUGGGGAUGUGGAUCCCUCUGUAUCUUCACAGAGCACAGGUUGUGCAGAAGACGGCAGAGACCUGCAGCUCCCAGCCCUGUGGCACCAAAGAUAGUUUGAUCUUCGGGGCAAUCACUUGCUUCACAGGAUUCCUGGGUGUGAUCACAGGGGCAGGAGCCACCAAAUGGUGCCGCUCGAAGACGCAGCGAGCCGAUCCCCUCGUGUGUGCUGUUGGCAUGCUGGGCUCAGCCAUCUUCAUCUGCCUCAUCUUCGUGGCUGCCAAGAGCAGCAUCGUGGGAGCCUAUAUUUGCAUUUUUAUCGGAGAAACUCUUCUGUUUUCAAACUGGGCUAUCACAGCAGACAUACUGAUGUACGUGGUCAUCCCGACGCGCCGUGCCACCGCCGUGGCCUUGCAGAGCUUCACUUCACACCUCCUGGGAGAUGCUGGCAGUCCUUAUCUCAUUGGAUUUAUCUCCGACCUGAUCCGACAAAGCACAAAGGAGUCCCCAGUGUGGGAGUUCCUCAGCCUGGGUUAUGCACUCAUGCUCUGCCCGUUUGUCGUUGUCCUGGGAGGGAUGUUCUUCCUGGCCACAGCCCUCUUCUUCCUCAGUGACCGAGCCAAAGCUGAGCAACAUAAAGAAACCGAUUCGGAUCAUCUCACGGUUGGCAACUACAGUAAUUCAGAAGACGCUUCCACAUGACAUACAAACUCCUGGGGUUAGUUUCUUUCUCAUAAUUGUUGAAAAAUAAGAGUUACUGUGUGUAAUGUCAUGCUGAAUAUGUGGGUAGGUGACUAGUCUGGUGUUGACUGUAAGUUGCCUUUGCUUUUCCCCCUCUGGAGAAUGGCAGCCUUGAUUGACCUUAAGGAGAAGGGCCCUGGGAUAUCACUCUAGGUGUAGUACACAUAGAAGGAAAAUCGGGUGUUUGGAGUUGACAUAAGUGUGGGAACAGUUUGGGUGAUACUUUCUGGCUCACACUGUCUUAUCACAUGGAUGAAAGAGAUUUGGAAGCAGUGCCACAGAUGGUGCUGUGGCCCUGUAAGUGCAAUUCCACCAUCUUUUUACUAGCAUACAUAAAUAUCAAAAAAAGGAGAAGUUCCUCUAUAAUGAGAUUUUAAACAUUGUGGAAAAACAAGACCUCAUGUCAUAAGGAUGGGAAGUCCUACAGAGUUGAACUUCAGUGUGGCUUUGGGGACACAGUGACAUGUGUUUGUUAUCUGCAUAGAAGGGUCUUAAAUGGCAGGAAGGGAAGUUGGGCAUUAGAUGGUAGGAAGAACUUCCUAAGAGAAAAAAGCAGUAAAUCUUACAGCAGAUUAUUUGGAGAAGACAUGAAAGCUUGUUUCUGAUGGCCUCCCCAGCAUGGCAUGAGGCAGGAAGGUGAGAUCUGCUCUCCAGCUUAUGGAUCUGCUCUCCAGCUUAUGGAUCUGCUCCUCAGCCCUCUUUUGUGCUUGUGCUGUGCUUGUGCACAUAAGCUGUACAUGCCAGCCCAGGCAGUGACCUGGAGACAUGGCAAGAUGAACAUAAAUUUCUGGGUGCUCAGGGUGGCUUUUUUGCUGCAGGAAGCCAAAAGUCCUAUUUGGUGUCAGUGCAGCAGAUGAAACCCCCUCUGCAGCAUUUUCCUUUGCUCAGGGUGCUCACCUGAUUGUGGGAAAGCUUCAGGACUUGUCUUUCCUGUGUUCAGAGAGGAGAGUGCUUGUUCCACUUCUAACUGUGGUGAUUUGUGUCCCUUUGCAUCACACUUGCAGCCAGUGUGGCAUGAUAGCACCUCGGGUGGUGAAGGAGGGGCUCAGGAUUCAGAUAGUGAUGAGUUCCAGGUCACUCCCAUUUUUUCACCAUGUCAAGCCCACCUGGACCUUUAUGCUGAGCAGGGCACUGUGGUAUCCAGCUGUUCUCAGCCCAGAUCUCAAGGAAGAUGGUUUUGGUUCACUCAGGAGACACCACAGGUCACAGCUGGGUGACUCUGCUUGGCUGCCAGCACUGGUGUGUCUUACACAGUUGUUUUGCAAAGCCCCAGCUUUUGCAGCAGGGUUAAUGUGGGAGGGAGAUCACAUCCACACCUCUAAUUGCUCCUGCACAAAAGGGAUUAUUCCUCUGUUGCUGUCUACCCUGAGCAGCUCUGGUUGAACUCUAUCCACGUCCAGAGCAACCAGCCUCCCAAACAGCCACUGCUCCAUUCUUAGAAGAAAAACAUUCAGGUGUCAAACCUGGUUUUGUUUCUCUUUUAGCAUCAUUCCCUUUCCUAACUCACAUUUGUUUAUGAAUCUUGUGUUAGUCAGUCACAGAUAUUUUGUGUUGCAAACUGGAAAGAGCAAUUGUCAUAAAUAAUGGUUAACAAAAUAAUUUCUCUCAGGUUACUCCUAGGAAGGGUGCUCUUUCUGAGGUGUGCCCACUCCUUUGUUAAAAAUACACUGGCAUCCUGCAGUGAGAUUCCUGGAGUGCAGCUUCACUCAAGUUGCAGAGGAGUGAGAGUGAAGUAAGAGAGAAGUAAGGCUGGAGAGGGAUCCUGUGCAGCAGGCUCUGUGCUGUCCACCAGGUCCUGUCUGCCCCCACUGGCAGCUUCAAUGGCUCCUCAGAAUUUAUGGGGCAGGAUUUAUUUGUUGGUACCUCCAUGCUUGCCCGUGAGAGGAAAGGUAACAGAGCAUUUGCUAUUAGCAGAUAAAAACUCCAUGCUGGAGCCCAGAUCCACGGUCCAGCUCCCACCUGUCAGGCCACCUGCACUUGGCAUCACACACCUUUGGCAGAGGCUGUUUUCUGCCCAGCCAGUCCUCCCUUCCAUCCCACCCAUUACUUGCUGGGUACAGAGGAAUUUCUAUUUCAGGAUGCCUUGUUUUCCCUCUGCAGUCAGUCCUGCUGCUCAGACAACAGGAGUUGGAAAUGGGCUGUGCCAAAAGAAAUCAAUUAACCUGCGGGAAUCACGAGCACCGGUGUCACACGCCAGAGAUUAAACCCAUCCAUCAGUGCCAGGGUCAGGGCACAGGGCAGCUGUCACCACCCCUCCACUGAGCUAAUAUGGAAGCAGAGAGGUGGAACACUGCUCUCACAGCCUAUGGAAACUGAGCUGUCCCUGCUUUAAUUCCCACACUUCUCUGAAAUGUGCUUCAGGGAUUUAUUGCUGGGAUUUCUGUGUUUGUUUCUUUGUGUAACCGUCUCUGGGCAUGUGCUUAGAAAUAAUUUCUUCUUCCAGGCAGGGCAGAUACCAGGAUAGCAAAUCUUUUCCUGUAAAGCUUCCUCCAGUUUCCUCCACGCUUCCUGUCAAAAAAGAAUUUCCAGGCUUUCACACUACUUUUAUCAUUGCCACAAUUCCUGACAUAUUUUGGACUUUUUUAGCACAGGAAUUCCAGUCAACAAGGCUGCUCACAAAACACUAAUGAAAACAAUUCUUUCUAUAGCAAUUUUUUUCUUAAAACACAAUUCUUUUAUUACCAUUUUCAUGCUGCUUCAGAAGUCUAAAGUCUGACAGCUUAAAGAGGCUUUUAGAAAAUGUAGUACUAGCAGAGCACAGGAUGGAGUACAUCUCUCUGUGCUAAUAAUCCAAUCGUUUUGGGGACUAGUUCUAUAACACAAAUUUAAUCCCACCAUUCCAAAGUGAUAAGAGAGAGAAAACAGUUAAGAAUGGGUUCUGUAAGGGAUCUUAGGCACUAGUAAUGAUAAAUACUUCAAUUGUUCUUUAAACCACUCAACUACAAUUCCUUCUGUGAUAUCACCUGACUAUGUUGUUGUUUCUUUCCUUCACUGCACCUCUGCAGAGGAGGGUUAAAGCAGUUGUAUUUUAUUUCCAAACAUCAGCACUCUGAACUGUUAAUUCUCUUACCUGCUUGAGGAAUAUUGGUGAGGCCCAAGCAAGAUUUUAGACUGUCUGGAAGACAACACAGUCUUGCCAUGGCAGAGCCCUCUGAAAUGGAUCAGAAAUUUGAUAAUUGCACUUUAAUCCUCAAGCUCCAUCACGGGUGCCCGUGCAGCCCUGCCAAAGAGCCCUUUCCAAGGCUGGGAGCAGUCCAGGUUCUUCAGUCCAUGGAAGGAAAAGCUCAGCACUGCUGAGAGUUGUGUCUGUGGUUUGUGCUCAUCCCCUCCCUCACUCACAGUGCACAGGACUGGGACAAACAAAGCCUCACCCUGGAGGGCUGCAGAAUUUGGUACUUGCUGGAAGCUCCAUUAAUAAUUAGGAAAAGUGUGGUUUUUUUAUUAUGAAAA